AUGCAAAUUGUACAGAAACAGACACCAAAGGAUUUGCAUUUAAUCAAAUCUAAAGCAAGUCAUUUCAGAAGCAUCACUACCGUGUACAGAAGACUUCCCCACCACGAUCAGGCUGAGCUUUCUGGGAGACCAGGAUUCCUUUCCAAAGAGUGGACGCCAUCGCCAGAGACCAGCGCUGCUGUCAAGAAGGACAUUCACCAGAACCAUCCAGAAUGGAAAGUGAGAUUGGAUGAAGCUAUCAAGAGCCAGGAGAUUGGACUCUUUGGAAGCCUCUUCGAAUUCAUCCCAGGAGACUACAGCAAACGCGUGUACCAGGGGGUGAGAGUGAAGCACACAGUCAAAGACCUCCUGGCAGAAAAACGGUCCAGACAGACAAGUAACUCAAGAUUCAAUGGCGCCGUCAGCUCCUCUCAGUCUGCAUUUGCCCAGAUGCCAGGCUCGCCGGCCAUGUCGGGCUACUACGGCGUCAGGAGGUCCUUCCUGUCGGACUCCGACUUCCACAGCAGCAAACCGUUUCCAAACGACGGCUACACCCCGAGCGUGGCGAAGCCCUUCCCCUGCGAGGCCCCGCUCGAGCCCUGCUUCCCCGAGCCCUACGCGGACUACCGCUCCCCGGCGCUGGGCCCCGGCGCGGGCUCGCUGCUCGGCGCCUCGCCGCUGCCGCCGCUGCUGCCGCCGCCCUUCCCGGGAGACCCCGCUCACUUCGUGCUAAGGGACUCGUGGGAGCAGACGGUGCCUGAGGGUCUCAGCCAGCCAGAGCCCCUGCCCGCCGACGCCCUGCAGGCCUUGCCACCCAGCGCCAGCUGCCUGUCCCAGAUGGAGCCAGGAGGCGCCACCCAGCACAGGAGCUCCAGCUGGGCGCCCUCGCUGGCGGGGCCCCAGUCCUACUCGCUGCACGCGCUGGAGGAGCUGCAUCACACAGCCGGGUACCCCACCCCGCCUCCCUACCCCUUUGCUCCUUUCAUGACCAUGGCAAACGAUCUACCGCCCAAGGUGGCGCCACUUGCCCCCGACGAGGGGGCCGACCCCUCUCCUCUUCACGACCCUUCAGCUUGGAGCAAAGACGACGGCAGCAUGGCCUGGGGGUCGUAUGAGUGCCGCAGAGCCUACUGACGGGGUGGUCCCAGGACUGCCCCGCUUCUCUGUCAGGUGGGCUCUGUGUCCCUCAGAUGGCUGUCGGGUGUCAGCCCGUUCGGGAGGAGCCGUAAUGCCACGCCUUGUGAGGGGACAGCAGCGUUGACUUGUAACGCUCCCCGCCAGAACCCCGCUGAAAUUCCCCGCAGCGGCCAUAAGUGAAGCACGGACUAUGGUAGUGAGGGGUCUUGACAGGGAGGGCUCCUCCGAAUCUUCCUCCCCGCAUCAACUUCUGAAGCUUCUGUUGUCUCGGACUAUCGAUUUGGAUGCUGAUUUUUUUUUUCUGAAAUUUACAUUAAAAAAAGUGUAU